AGAGAGAGAGAGAGAGAGAGAGAGAGAGAGAAAUAGAGUGAGAAGAGAAACAAAUGAACAAAGGAAAGACUGAAAAGAAGAGAGAGUACGAGAAAUAAACGCUAGCAGACGACUCUGUCAGCGAGUAAGGUAAAAGUAGUGAAACUACUGUGUAUGUACACACAUAUAUCUGGCACUGAGCGUUAUCUUUUAUAUAUGUGAUCGAGCGUGUGUAAGCAUGCGUUUGUGAAGACGAUCUCCAACAUCAGGACGUCGACCACAACAAUAACAAGCACCAGCACAGCUAUACAGCCAUUAGAGCCACCAAAUUCACCGCCAUCACCGCCAACUCGGUCAUCAUCAGCGGGUGAGUGUUUCAAGUGACGGCAAACGUAUUCAUUGAGCGGUGGGAGAACUUUUGUUGUCACCAUCAUGAUUAAUCCUAUUUGCUGAGAUUAACGUGGAGAGUAACGACAUACAAUACGUAUAUACAUACAUGCAUAAAUUUAUACGUACAGACAUAUAUAUAUAUAUAUAUAUAUAUAUGUAUACACAUAUAUAAAUAGAUAGAUAGGUAGAUACGGAGAUAGAGAGUAAGGGAGAGAGAGAGAGAGAGAGAGAGAGAGAGAGAGAGAGAGAAGGAGGUUGAAAGAGGGAGAGAGUGAUAUGCAGAUAUACAGAGAAUAACGUUGAUUUUUGCUUGGACUGCUGCUAAUCUGGAAGGAAGCCGUAAGACUGGAACUAUUGGAUUACACUGGAUUAUCGGAGACGUUCGAACUGGAAGCAAUGUAGUCAUAUACUGAGACAAAGCAUCCUUUCUUCCCUCAAAACCACACACAUUCACACACACACACACACAGCACUAUCUAUCUAUCUAUCUAUCUAUCUAUCUAUCUAUCUAUCUAUCUAUCUAUUUGCUAUUCUCUAUCUGUACUUGUGUGUUUGUGUGUGUCUGUGUGUGUGUGUGUAUAUAUAUAUAUAUAUAUAUAUAUAUAUAUAUAUAUAUAUAUAUAUAUAUAUCUAUAUACAUACACGUAUAUAUAUACAUAUAUAUCUAUGCGCAUGUGUGUGUACGUGCCUGUCACUUACUUCCGUACCUUCCUCCAAUUCCAUCCAUCCAUACAAACACACAAACAUACUUUCACUUUCUCUCAAUCCCUCUCCCUCACUGUUUUUCUAUCCCACUGACACAAAGAUGCGGUUGAUACUCACAACAUCACCACCUUUAAUGGUGUCCCUCGGUGUAUUACUGUUGGUGUCAUUGCUGCUGCUGCUACCGUCAAAACCAGUGAGUGCCAUCGAUUGUUAUGUAUGUACUUCUAUCAAUGGUGGCAACCAAGACUGUGAAGAUCAUUUCACCAGUUCGAUGGCUACAGUGAAAAUGAUACAAAGAGAAUGUAACUACGGCCUCUUCAGAGCUAGCCACUGCACUAAGUUGAAAGGAAAAAGAGAGGAUGGUUCAACCAUUGUGGUCCGGAAUUGUGCUAAAAGUGACUGGGGUAGACACUGUGGAGCCAUUUGGUAUAUCAAAGGCGAAUCAGAGGAACCCGAACGAUUGUACGGCUGUCUGGUUUCCUGCGAUACUGACGGAUGUAAUACUGCGAGCCAGCAUCCAGUGGCUAGAAUUAUUUUGGCGUUUGCACUUCUAAUCGCUCUUAUUGUCGCAGCAUCCUAGGACACAGAUAAAUAAACAGAAACAUAUGUGUUUUAUACAUAUAUAU